UAUAACUUCAGCUGGCGCCGGCAUGCAGCAGUUCCACGAGCAGAACAAGUGUACCGCCUCCAGUCCAUCAUCACGUCGCCCGUGGGGGUGCAGCGUGUACUAACAACAUAUAGGUUCCGUGCUAAGGGGCAGAGCGUGUGUCGCGACGCACAUGUCCGCCACGUCGGCGUCGUCCGUGGCGCGCGCCGACAUCAUCGACCUGGACCGCUACAUGCGCCACAGCGUGCGUCCGUCCAGCCCACGCCACGCACGCCGCGCACGGGAGCGGUUGGUGGUGGACGCGGGUGGAGCGGAGUACGUGCCGGUGGGCGGCGUGGACAUCGUGGGCGGCGUGGGCGGCGUGGGUGACGUGGGCGACGGCGCGGACGGCUCGCGGCGUGCGGGCGGAAAGUGCUACUGGCACGACUCCGGCCUCUCCGACACCAGCUAUGUGAAGAGGAGGCGCCCGCCGCACACGCGGCUGGGGACAGGCCACAGACGCGCGCGGCGCUCCGUGCUGCAGCUCCGCGCCGCGUGCGAGCGCGCGCUGCGCGACCAGCAGCUGCGGAUCCGCCGCCUCGCGCGGCUGUGCCACCGGCUCCUGCAGCCCGUCGCCGCCGACCCCGCACCGCCACCAAGCCACAACACCUUCCGCGUCCAGAACAUGUAUGACGUCGUCAACGAUAUCACGUCGCCCUCCGACACCAGUAGCACCCAGAAGCUACACACGAAGAGGAACUUCGGGCAGAACGUGUCCCCCCGCGCCCCCCGCCGCCCCCCGCCUGCCUCGGACACCGGCGGCCACUCCAGCAGCUCCGGAGAUGAGAGGAGGGAAGAUAAACAUCGUGCGGAGUCGGGCAGGACCUACGAUAUCAUCAUCAGCAAGCUGGACGAGCUGGAGCGCCUGAUCGCCGCGCGUCGCGCCCCCGCACCCGCCGCGCCCCCCGCGCCCGCCGCGCCCACGCGCGACCAGCUCGUCGCCACGGACAAUACUGUACAGGUGGUGUUCGCGCGAGGCGGCGCGCGCUGCGCGGUCACGCGCGUCCACGAGCUGGACAUCGCGCCGCGCGACGCGCCGGCCCCGGGCGACGCGCCGGCCCCGGGCGACGCGGGCAGGUGCGGACACUAA